AUGGGCGCGCGACAGUCGUCCGAGGCACCGGCAGAGGAUGCCUUUGUCGAUUACUAUGAGCUGUUGGAAGUCGAGCAAACAGACUCUGCCGAUGUCAUCCGCAAAUCCUAUCGCCGUCUAGCUUUGCGACUUCACCCCGAUAAAAACCCUGGACGUGAGGAGGAGGCGAACAAGAAAUUUAUCAAGUUGCAAGAAGCCUACGAUGUGCUCAGUGAUGAUCAGGAACGAGCCUGGUACGACCAGAAUCGCGAGCGUCUCAUGCAAGGGCUCGACGAAGAUGAGGAUGAAGACGAUGUAGAUGCCAAGUUCCAGUUCUUCAAGUCGGGCGGCACAGCGCCCAAGGCGACGUCUAUGGCGGCCGGCAUUGGUGUCCCACAUAUCCUGCGCUUCUACGCACCAUCCAUGGCGAAAGAUCUGCGUGAUACCGAUACCUCGUUCUACGGUACAUACCGCCGCCUCUUUGAGCGAAUGGCCGAAGAGGAUCGCGUUGCUGCGCCCUACCCAGGCGAAGACCAUACAGGCGACUUGGGCGACGCGUGGCGUGAUCAGGCGUCUAUGUACCCAUCGUUUGGUCAUCCUGAUACGCCGUACACUGAUACACCGGCCGCUAGCACGUCUGUACGGGACUUUUACCAGUUCUGGAUGCAGUUUUCUAGCCGCAAAAGCUUUGCAUGGAAGGACAAGCAUGAUCUGCGCGAUGCGCCUGACCGUCGUGUAAAGCGGUUGAUGGAGAAAGAGAACAAGCGGGCGCGCGAACAGGCACGACGUGAGUACAAUGAUGCGAUCCGUGGCCUUGCCGCGUUUAUUCGCCGUCGAGAUCCACGGUACAAGGCGUUCCAAGCACAGCAGCAAGCGGCACAUAGUGCAGAGGCACAGGCCGAGUUAGCCGAGAAGCGGCGUGUUGAAGCCGCCAAGCGUCAGGAUGCAAAGCGUCAGCAGGCUGCGUCCUUCCAGGCCCAAAGCUGGCAGAUGGCCGGCGAGCCGGACGACGGUGGUUUUGAUGACUUUAGCAGUGGCGCUUCCCUGGACGAGGCGUCAGAGGCAGAAGACCCAGCAGGCGAUGAGGACGACGAAGAGGAGCCUAUGUGGGAUUGCGUGGCGUGUAAUAAACGAUUCCAAUCGGAGGCGGCCUGGAUCAAUCAUGAGCGCAGCAAGAAGCACAAGAAGGAAGUCCAGCGUCUUAAACGCGAGAUGCUAGAAGACGAUGAAAUGCUCGACGCACUCGGCGAAGAUCCAGUGGCCGAGAUCGCAUCGGAGACGCAGGAGCUGCAUCUUGACGAUGAGACGUCACGAAAAAAAGACAAGAAACGCAAGAAGCAGGAAAAGAAAAUGCGAGUGGCGAUGGGGUUGGAGACGUCCGAGCCGAUGACCACCGCCUCUCCGUUGUCGGACACCGAGCGGGCGCAACGCAUUGCCAAGACACUUCCUCACCUGGCCACGCUGCCUUCGUUCCUGGACCGCCCGGAAGGGUCGUUUGACGUCUUUGGCUACGGCUCGCUGAUCUUCAAGCCACCGCCUCAUGUUAUCGGGUACACGCCCGGCUAUAUCAAGGGGUUCGUUCGUCGCUUUGCUCAGAGCUCGGUCGAUCACCGCGGCACACCUGAGCGUCCUGGGCGUGUCGUGACCUUGGUCUCGUCUGAGCAUUGGCAUAGUCUACCAGAUGCCGAUGAGGCGCCGGAAGGCGAUAUUGUAUGGGGAAUCAGCUAUACCAUUGAUCCUGCCUAUGCGGACGAGGUUCGUGCGUACUUGGACCACCGCGAAAAGAAUGGGUAUACACCAAUCUGGGAGCCUAUUUACGGCUUCCGAGAGGGCAAGGACGACGAUGAUAAGCCGCAUGUCCUUGUGCCCCAAGCCCUCGUCUACGUCGGCUUACCUGGCAACGAGGCGUUUAUCGGACCUACGCCGCUGGAUGCCUUGGCCGAGCGUAUUGCAUCGUGCCACGGCCCUAGUGGACCGAAUUAUGAAUACCUCUUACGGCUGGCGGAAGCUGUCCGUACAUUGACACCUCACAGUGAAGACUUUCAUCUGUUCACACUUGAAGAAAAGGUGCUUGCCUUGCAAGCGAAAAACGAGACGACCACUCCAGAGCCGCUACCGUCGUCGUCGUCACCACCGCCACCACCGCCUGAUACCUCGAAAAAGGCACGGCGGAAGACGAAGGGCAAGACCAAGGCGCCCCCUGGGUCUGAAGUGUGCAAUGUAUGCCAUGCCGCUUUCCCAUCGCGGUCCAAGCUAUUCAACCAUGUCCGCGAACAAGGCCACGCGCUUGCCUCUUCCCAUAUGCCAAAAAAGUAG